GACUUAAGUCCGUAUCAAAAACCCUUCCUAUCUUUCUCUACCGAUUUAUCCCUUUGGAUUCUGAAUUCUUCAUCGACACGACAUGGCUUUUCCUUACAUGGAAGCUGUUGUUGGUUUUAUGAUUUUAAUGUACCUCUUUGAAACUUAUCUGGACUUACGGCAACAUGCUGCUCUCAAAUUGCCUACACUUCCAAAAACAUUGGAAGGAGUAAUCAGCCAAGAGAAAUUUGAAAAAUCCCGAGCCUAUAGUCUUGAUAAGAGCCACUUCCAUUUUGUUCAUGAGUUUGUGACAAUCUUGAUAGACUCGGCAAUUUUGUUCUUUGGCAUACUACCUUGGUUUUGGAAGAAGUCAGGAAAUUUCUUGCCUUUAGUUGGUCUAAAUGAAGAGAAUGAAAUACUGCAUACUCUUUCGUUUUUGGCUGGUGUUAUGAUAUGGUCACAGAUCACUGACUUACCCUUUUCUCUUUAUUCAACUUUUGUGAUCGAGGCCCGUCACGGCUUCAAUAAACAAACAAUAUGGUUAUUCAUUAGGGACCUUAUCAAAGGAAUGUUUCUUGCUAUUGUACUUGGUCCACCUAUUGUUUCUGCUAUUAUUUGGAUAGUACAGAAGGGGGGUCCAUAUCUAGCUAUCUAUCUUUGGGGAUUUAUGUUUGUCCUUUCUCUUGUGAUGAUGACAAUUUACCCCAUUCUGAUAGCUCCACUCUUUAACAAGUUCACCCCUCUUCCUGACGGAGAGCUCAGGCAAAAGAUUGAGAAGCUUGCUUCUUCCCUAAAAUUUCCUUUAAAGAAAUUGUUUGUUGUUGAUGGAUCCACAAGAUCAAGCCAUAGCAAUGCCUAUAUGUAUGGAUUCUUUAAGAACAAGCGUAUUGUCCUUUAUGACACAUUGAUUCAGCAGUGCAAAAAUGACGAGGAAAUUGUUGCUGUUAUUGCUCAUGAACUGGGGCAUUGGAAGUUAAACCAUACCAUGUACUCAUUUAUUGCUGUGCAGAUUCUUACGUUUUUGCAAUUUGGAGGUUAUACACUGGUCAGGAACUCAACUGAUCUUUUCCGAAGUUUUGGGUUUGACACACAGCCUGUACUGAUUGGCCUUAUCAUAUUUCAGCAUACUGUAAUACCAAUCCAACACCUUGUAAGCUUUGGUCUCAAUCUUGUAAGCAGAUCGUUUGAAUUUCAGGCUGAUGCCUUUGCAAAGAAGCUUGACUAUGGAUCUGCUUUGCGUGCCGGUCUAGUGAAGCUGCAGGAGGAAAAUCUAUCAGCUAUGAAUACGGAUCCGUGGUACUCUGCUUAUCACUAUUCUCAUCCCCCACUCGUAGAAAGGUUGGCCGCACUUGACGAAGCGGACAAAAAGGAAGAGUGAUAGGGAGGGAGAGAAUAUAAAAAUAGGGGUUGGAUGAUUUCAUUUGGUUGUAAUAUUUUGUUUGUUGAUCUGUAUCGGGUUGCAUGGCCUCCUCACGUUGUCUCUGGUUCGGGCACACGUGAGAAAGAAAGGCUCGCCUUAGUCAGGAAGGUAAAGCUACAUGGACGGAACUAAACAGAAAAAAGGGAAGAGAGAGGCGUUAGACAAUGACCCAAACAUAUUGAAUGCAAUGAAACUUUGAUUAAUUAUUAUUAUGUUCUCCCCAUUUA